AUGGCUCCCACGACCCAACACCAUUCAGACCUUCUGGUCGACCAAGACGAGGUCCCUGUCAUUGGUGAACAAGACAGAAGCGAAACAAGUUCGCAAGAUGAUGCGGCUCUAUUGAAAUCGAUGGGCUACAAACCAGUGCUUCAUCGAACGUACAGUCUCCUCGAGAACUUUUCGACGACAUUUGCUGCGCUCUACUUCGUUGGCGGAGUCCGUGUGACUUUCAGUACUGGUAUUGCAGCUGGUGGUAACCUAGCUUACUGGACGAGCUAUCUGGUUACUAUGGUCUUCACUUUCAUCACCGCCGCGGUCAUCGCGGAAGUAUGCUCUGCGUCACCAUCUGCGGGCUCAAUCUACCUGUGGGCUGCGGAAGCUGGCGGUCCUAGGUUUGGAAGACUCCUUGGUUUCACCGUUGCCUGGUGGAGUACCACUGCCUGGACUACCUUUUGCGCCAGUAACACCCAAGCCGCUGUGAACUACAUGCUCUCGGAGUUGACAGUCUUCAAUGUCGACUUCCCCACCGACACUGGUGAUGUCAAAUUUCGGGCAGUGCAAUGGAUCUGUACCGAGAUCUUGCUCGCAUUGGCUGCACUGCUCAACUUCUUGCCUCCCAAAUAUUUCCGAUUCGUCUUCUACCUAUCGUCCGCCAUGGUCAUGCUGGACUUCGUGCUCAACAUCAUCUGGCUUCCGAUCGGCGCUCACGACACCUGGGGCUUCCGGACUGCCCACGAAGCCUUCAUGUCGACCUACAACGGUACCGGUGCCCCGCCAGCCUGGAACUGGUGUCUUUCCUACCUGGCAACUGCAGGUAUUUUGAUUGGAUUCGAUGCCUCGGGCCACGUCGCGGAAGAGACCAAGAACGCGUCUGUCACAGCCGCUCGUGGUAUUUUCUGGAGUACCGUCGCCAGUGGAGUCGGCGGAUUGGCGACUAUCAUCCUUUUCCUCUUCUGCGCGCCGGACGCCGAUACACUCUUCUCAUUUGGCUCUCCCCAGCCUUUUGUGUCCCUAUACGCCGUUGUCCUCGGCAAAGGCGGCCACGUCUUCAUGAACAUCAUCUGCAUUGUAGCUCUGUGGCUUAACACAGCCAUCGCCAUCGUCGCCGCCUCGCGUCUCGUCUUCGCCGUCGCCCGUGACGGCGUCCUCCCCUUCUCCGGCUGGGUCUCCCGCGUCCACAACGGCCAGCCCCGCAACGCCGUAGUCGUCGUCUGGGCCGUCGCCGCCCUCGUCACCUGCACCCUCCUCCCGUCAAGCGUGGCCUUCACAUCCCUCGUCUCCGCAGCCGGUGUCCCCAGCGCCGCCGCAUACGGCCUCAUCUGCCUCGGCCGCCUCCUCUGCACGCCCAAGCGCUUCCCCAAGCCAAAGUGGAGCCUGGGUCGCCUAAGCAAGCCCUUCCAGUUCAUCGGCGUAUUCUGGAACGCCUGGGUCGUUGCCAUCCUGUUCUCUCCGUACGCGUUUCCCGUGACGGGGCAGAAUCUCAACUACGCCCCCAUCAUCAUGGCAGGCGUGACGAUCCUCGCGCUCAUCUCGUACUUUGUCAUGCCCGAGGACGCCUGGUUACCCCGGAACCGUAUCUCGCAUUUCAUUGACAGCAAGGGUGCCGUCUCGGAGACGGUGGAGGAGGUCGGUCCGUCGAGAAGGGUACAGCAUGAGGGAACUGCAUCGCAGUGA